AUGAAUCCGUCGGUAAAUAAUCAUAUGCAACACCCUGAGAUUCGCCAUUUUAUGCGAACUCGUUGGUGCCUGAAACACCUUACACCGACCGUAGACGACAAAUCCUCCAACGAGUCAACAGGUCUCGUCGUCCAAGUCCACAGCAACAGGACGGUGCUGCCGACCAAGGAGAAUCAGUUCGUCGGCGAGACGCUCAACACCCCGGCAACCAUCGCGGCGUGGGUCAACAUAUACCCGCGGCCGUCUCCGCGUCUAGGCUUUCGCAUACGCCAGUUCAUCUCGUUGGUAGAGCUCAGGGACGGCAUGACUGGGUUCCCCGGUUCUUUGCACGGCGGCGCCGCGUCGCUCCUCGUCGACGAGAUUACGGGCAUGCACAUCGCCUCGCAGCGGGACCCCGAGCAGCCGAUAAACAAGGGAUUUCGGACGGCCUAUCUCAAGACCGAGUACCUGAAGCCCAUCCCGGUUCCUGGGACGGUGCUGGUCAGGUCUGAGAUUGAGAGGGUGGAAGGGAGGAAGAAUUGGAUCAAGGCUACGAUUGAGGACGGAAAGGGCCAGGUGUUAGUCAAGGGCGAGGUCCUGUACGUAGCCGUUAAAGAGAAGGCAAAACUGUAG